AUGAUGCUGGCUCCUCUUCGGCAGCAGCGCGUUGCCAGAGGAUUGUGCAAGCUGCUGCAGCGACGCUGGGUCUUUGAGCGCCGUUAUCGGCAAAAGGAGGAGAUGGACACGAAGAACCUCCCCUUCCUGGUUCACAGGACGCCCUCCGGCAACCUACCGGUGUACGUGGAGCCCACGCAGAAGGGCGAGAAGUUCACGCGCAUACGGAGGGUCUAUGGGGAUGCGGAGCACCUGGCGCGCGAGGUCGGUCGCCUUUGCGACGCCUCCGCGCGCGUGGGCCGCGGAAGCCGGAAGUCGGUGGACGUACUGGGCGUCCACGAAAAGAAGAUCAAGGAGUGGCUGCACCACCUGGGCCUGUGA